UAUAUUUGAUCGAUAAGUCCGCGGUCACACUGGUCGUCGGGAACAAAAAAUACGAAGAAAAAAUUGCUUUAUUCAACGAAAUUUUGCAUCAAUCUAUUGAGCGCAAAAUUUCAGACGAGAGCAAGUGUAAACGCGGUCAGCAAUCUAAUUUGCGUGGAUAAUAUAUUUCUUUCUUACACCCGGUUAAUAAAAAAGCGUCAAAAUUGAAUCGACAAAGAUUGACGAGUCGUUUCCUUCCACCACAACUGCGAUGGAGGAUAAAGCGACAACAAAAGAUCUUGAUCAAUGGAUUGAGCAGUUGAACGAAUGCAAUCAGUUGACAGAAACACAAGUUCGCACCCUCUGCGACAAGGCCAAGGAGAUCCUCUCCAAGGAGUCGAACGUGCAGGAGGUCAAAUGUCCCGUCACAGUCUGCGGCGAUGUGCACGGCCAGUUCCACGACCUGAUGGAGCUGUUCCGGAUAGGCGGCAAGUCCCCUGACACAAACUACUUGUUCAUGGGCGACUAUGUGGACCGCGGCUACUAUUCCGUGGAGACUGUCACCUUGCUGGUGGCGCUGAAGGUGCGCUACCGCGAGCGCAUCACCAUCCUGCGCGGCAACCACGAGUCGCGCCAGAUCACACAGGUGUACGGCUUCUACGAUGAGUGUCUGCGCAAGUACGGCAACGCCAAUGUGUGGAAGUAUUUCACGGACCUGUUCGACUACUUGCCGCUGACGGCGCUGGUGGAUGGGCAGAUCUUCUGCCUGCACGGCGGCCUCAGUCCGUCGAUCGACAGCCUGGAUCACAUUCGGGCCCUCGACCGCUUGCAGGAGGUGCCCCAUGAGGGACCCAUGUGCGAUCUGCUAUGGUCCGAUCCCGAUGACAGGGGUGGCUGGGGAAUCUCACCCCGUGGUGCCGGCUACACCUUUGGACAGGACAUUUCGGAAACGUUCAACAACACAAACGGCCUGACACUCGUCUCGCGUGCCCAUCAACUGGUGAUGGAGGGCUACAACUGGUGUCACGAUCGUAAUGUGGUCACAAUCUUCUCAGCGCCAAACUAUUGCUACAGAUGCGGCAACCAGGCGGCUCUUAUGGAACUGGAUGAUUCACUUAAAUUUUCAUUCCUACAAUUUGAUCCAGCACCGCGGCGCGGCGAGCCCCAUGUUACGCGAAGAACACCCGAUUAUUUCCUUUAAGCUGGAUUGCGCUUACAUUUAAACAUAUUACAUCGCAUUAUAACAACAAGAACAACAAGAAAACCCAAUAUAUAAUAUAAACAAAACAAAAGAAACGAGAAACCAAGCAACAACAAAAAGUAUAUAAAUUAAACAACAAAAUGGCAAAUGCUGUUGAUGAUUAAGAAAACAGAAACCCAACAGAUAAUAUUUAAACCUAUUCUCGAUGCAUUUGUUUGAAACAAUUCGAGAACGAUGCAAAAAGCAACAGCCUUUGAUCGUUCAUCGUUGAUUGUUGUUUGCCCAGAAAAAUUCAAGUCGCGUUUCGGGGGCGACAAAAGAUAUAUCAAAGAUAGCGCAAGAAGAGCGAGGAAUGGCGGAGAAGCAGGAGCAGGAGCAGGAUGAAAUCAUGAUACAAUCCAAUCAAACCUACCAACCUACCAACCAACCAACCAACCAACCAACCAACAACCAAGCAACAAGAACUACAACUACUUAGCUAAAUUUGUUAAUUUAUAAAAAUAACGAACUAAGCGCGCCGCCAGCAGAAAGCAGAAGCCAGAGCCCAAAAUGGGAAUGAUGGAUGGAUAAACGGAUGGAUUAUGACAUGUGUGUGUGGGGAUUUUAGGGAGGAUGUGGGAGGGGGGGGGCCGAGGAUAUGACUAUGACGAAGGAUGAAGGACUAAGAACAACGGACAUACGAACCCAGGACGACAGUAGACGGCAGCAUGUGGGUGUAGCGCGAGAAGCAUGAGGAUAUAGCAGGAGCAGCACGAGAAGCAGCAGCAGCAGCAGCAAUGGGGAUAAAGUGCGAGGCGGGCCAGCGAUUCAUAGAA